AUGUCUUGUGGCACUAUCCCCUUUAUGGGUGAAACCAUAGAAGUGGAUCGAGAUCACGAGACCAAACAAUUAUCAAAAUGUAUCAAUGGCACAGAUGAAUCGUUGGACUUGGAGCCACAGUUGGAUUCGUCUAACGCGAAAUCCAAUGUCGCGGAUACUUCAAAGGAUCAGCGAUUGGAGGCUCUGAAUUUAAGUGGUGUCUCCACCAGUCCCAACUCCGACACAGCGAACUUUCUUUUGCACGCAAACACCAAUCCUACCGGAAUGGUUCCGGCUUCGCCAAGAAAUAUCAAUGAUGGCGAGUUUAAAUCAGAUGGUCAACAUUCACAACGCAGCAGUCAAGAUGAAGACAGCUGGAAGCCCGAUAGUCGCAUGGUUCAGAGUGAAUAUAACGGGCUGCAAUCAGGAUCCACUGCCGAUAAUAACAGCGGUUCUCCAAUGCGAACUCCAUUCGGCACAACGGAUUUGGUGUAUGAUGUCACCACUUCGAUUGCUCAGACACUUGGUGAGAGCAAGUUUAUUCCGCAACCGGUCCCAGUGGAAACCAGGGCUAAUUUGGCGCUAACUUACCCAUGGGGUGAUGAGUCUCCGACAUUGCCACAUGAUCCGAAGCUAAUGCUAGCUCUGUGGAAUUAUCUACGUGGUAGCUUGGAAGGCACAGACAAGUCCAAUAUCGUAAACCGGUCACCGAGCACUGGCACACCUGUUUGCCUUGUAACAGGUUGGAGACCGAGACCGUUGAGUGAUUAUACCCGUUGGACUCGGGCUCCACCGCCGAAUCGAAUUGACGGACUAUCCACCACAUGGGAUGAAGCUAAGCUCCGCGGAGUAUCUGUGGAGCAAAUUGAAAGACAUUUGGCUGAGGUCCUAGUCGUAUUUCGUUCUCAUUGCAGCGAUUCGUCCGACAUUACUUCCAGCCGUAUAGCAUCCAAGACACAGAGCAAUCGGAUUUCCAUUCAGCGCCAGACACGAACACAUUUGUUAGCCUAUCUGAUUUGGUUGAGUGCCUCGGCAACGUCAUCCGUCAGUCGCACACCGCUUGCAAAUAUUCGAGAUGAAUAUCUCAAACUGGUUGGUGUGACCGCAUUCCCGGAACUGUUUAUUGAGUGUGUAAGACAAUUGAAAUCGUCCUCAUCCACAUCGGUCGAAUUACGGAUUGGCCUGUGUCAGCUGUGUUGCCUGCUCAUGCACCGCAUUGCUACCGUUGUAUUCUACUACAUCUCAAACCAUGGUGGUAAUCAGUCGCAACAAGUAGCCUGGAAACCGAUCGCAUCUAACUUACCCACCUGUCUUAGUUCCUUGAUCGAGAUCCUACGCGAACCAAUCCCCCGCACCGGGCAUCGUUUGCGCCAAAUUGCCCUGGCUGCCCUGGGCGAAGUGCUUACUUGUGCCAUCUGUCUCCUGACGAGCUCGGUUCAAGAGGCUGAGGUCACCGGUGUCCGAGAAGGUCUUUUGACUGAAAUUCAAAGCAGUCAGUGGCAAACGGUUGUACAUCAUCUGUUACGCUGUCUUACACCGGCUUCGUCUCCUAUGCCACCAUCCCCUGGGGUUGAUACACCGUCGCCCUUGGACAAUCUAGAUUUGAACGGGAUUGAGAAUCGUACGAACGGCACUUCUGCUGGUCAAACAAACGCAAACGCUAGCGAAACAUCUGCAGAUGGAACCUCAACAACCGGUUCAAACACGUCGACCACCGCUCGCGUAACCGAAGCUCACGUACGGUUGAGUGCUGCUCGGUCGUUGGACGCUUUUGUGACUGCUGUUUUAGGUUGUCGUUUACAUGAUCUGUCAGUUACUGGCUCAUUGUUAGCCUCGGCCACCGCUUGUUUGCAAGCUGUUACAACUACGGAUGUGGUGCGUCAUUUGUGGACCAGUGGCGUGAUUGAAGUCGGUACGUCACGUCAAACAUCUGGCGUGUUGCAGCGCAAUCAGCUGCAUCAAGAAAUCAGUCUGUCUUGUGCGAGCGCGAUGGCAGGGAUCAUUCGCAUCAAUCCAAGUUUGUUCGCCUCGGGCCUAAUCGAUAGGAUCGGAUCGAAUAAUUUUGUGAAUGUCAUUGAGCCACCCGCCGGUGGACCGGCCUGUCAACAAACCAGUUUGGUGGUACGUCUGCUGUCCAUGGCCUGUUCCGGUUUAUUGGUGCCACUUUCCACUCGGUCCUCCGGUCAACCGUUGAGCAGUAGUCGCGUGAAAAGAUCCAGCGUUGUGGGUGCGGGCUCGUUGAGCCAAAGCCGACAGCCAGUGACUGGCACCGGAGGAGCUGGAACUCCAGCUGCAUGUCGACGAAUAUUGAAUGAUCAACGAUUCAUGGUGGCCGUAUUUCGUCAUUUGAAGAGUCCACAUGCGAUGCUUCGUGCCAAGUCUUAUCUCCUCUGUUCCGCCAUUCUAACUGUAUGCCCACGGGACAGUUUCCCACUGGCUUUCGAUGCACAUCUACCGGCCAUUUUGGAACGGGAUCUGAAAACAACUCGAGGCGUACAGCAUCGAUAUUUGGAUAGCCAGUCUAUGGCUAAUAUUAUCACAUCUGCCACGGAUGUAACGGGGUCCCCAUGCAUGAUGUAUUUGGCCGCGUGUAGUUUACAUUUUGCAGACUUGUUAGUUCUACAUCUGAUUCCGCUAAUUUGUCAACAGCUGCUCAUUGCAUUGGGGUGCAUAUCGCCACCGUCGGCGGGGACCACGCGUCAAUCAAGCAUGCGUACUGCCGCAGCUAAUGCAGCCUCACGUCGUUCUUCACGAACCCAAUCGAUGUUGUGUACGACAAAAACUGGCAGUCUUUCUCAAGCCUCUAGCACCUCGGCUUUGAACAGUGUNGUAUCGCGUCUAUUGCAACCGGACAGCCGUGAUGCUUUGGGUAGUCAGGAGCGACUAAAUUCAGACGGACCGGAAUUCAGCCUUCUGGCUGUGCUUGGACGCCUGUUGGAUUUAUGGGCCUCUGUGGAUCCAAUCAGUUCUGCGGGUAUUGCUGGCUUACAUCAACCGGGGACCACGGAAAAUCAACUGCUAGGUGUCACCUUGACGAUCAUUGAAGAUUUGAGUCAGCACUCGGAAUUGGUGGAGUCGAGGCGCCGCGACUUCAUCUGUCUCAUUCUGCCCGGCUUGGCACGUUUGUCUGUGGCACCGGGAGCUCGACCAGAAACCAGAGCGAUCUGUGUAAAGAUUGUGACGAAUCUGGCUGAUAUUUUGUUGGGCGAGUCCGGAUACGGUGCGUCAUCCACCCACAGUUUGAACGAACUGCAUCGUUCGGAAUCUCUCCGGUUACAAAAAUCUUACCUGACGGGCGAAACGCCCGAUCCACGACUGGGCUCAUUCGCCGAUCGUCCGCUUAGUGCUGAUGUGGAACUAUUGCUCAAAGAGCUCGGGCAACCAACUGACGAUCUGUCACGCACACNCACAAUGACUCAAUCCCAAUAUGCGAUGGGAGGCACCGAUUCUCUGGGCAAUCGAACCCGCCUGGGCGCUAUCAGUUCGGCGCGAACGAAACGCGUUGAGAAGCGCACCGGGGCCAAGACAUUGCGAGCAGCUGUACAACCACCGACCCCGGAUGUGCUUGUAUCGUUGUUCGAAAUGGUCAACAAACUAAUGAUCCCUUACGUAAGUUCCAUCAACCAAUUGUAA